CCAUUACUUACUCGUACUCCAUUGCGACAAAUGCAGCUGAUGUAUGGCUGUGUCUGUAUGUAUGCAGAGUCGUUUUCAGAAAGUCUUGGCGUCAGUUUUUAUUGUUGUAUUUUGUUAUGAACGAGCUUGUUCAAUUGACGUCUCGAUAAAUUUAAUGUUUUACGCCGCGUAAUUAGUCGACUAUCGGAAAAGACAUAUAAAGCAACCUUUUGCGCGAGGAAAAAAAUAAAAAAACCUUUGGUUAUGUACAGUGUAGCAAGCAAUAAAAUGCGAAAACGUUAGGGCAUUUAAGUAGUGAUUAAAUACAGUUAAUUACUGUGACUGUCUAAUACUCUUGCCAAUGGAGACAUGCCGUGAAAUUAUCUAUUCAAUACUAUGUCUUGUUUCAAAAGCUACUAUGACAACUGGACGUGAACCUGGGCAUCCUGUUCAACAGUCCUGAAAUGGGUCUUUUAGGCUCAACUGAAAAAAAAGAAGAAAACAAACAGGAUACCAAUAAAAUACAAAAUAAUUCAGCUAGUCGAUUCACAAUUAAAGAAUCUAACACUAAUCCUGAAAAUAAAAAUAAUACUAUGGAUAUUAAUGAUAUCAUAAGCAUGCCAUCUGAGGCAGGAACUGAAUCUACCUUGGAAAGUGAAAUUGAUGCUCUAUCGAAGAUCAUAACGGAUACUAAAGAUGACACCCAGAAACUAGAAGAUAACGAUGAGGAUUUCAAGUUGGAUAAUGAUGAUUUAUCCUUUACUGCCAGUUUCCCAUGUGAUUCAGGAGUUGAGUAUGAUAAAGGUGAUUUAUUACCAGAUGAUGGUUUAAUGAUGAAAGAUAUUUUAGACAGUUCUACAAAAGUUGAUAAAUUUAUAUCUACAUCAGUAACAGAAGGUCAUAACCAAGAAUUACUGGAUGGUAAAUUGAAAUUGAAACUUCAGAUACAUACAUAUGCAUCAAAAUCAAGUGAUGGGGACCAUGGGAAUGAAAAAUCUGAUAAUGCAUCAAAGGGUCAAAAAGAAAAUAUAGAACAUCCAACUUCUUCGAAAUCUGUAGAUGAAGAUUGUGCAAUUGAACCUUUAGGCGUUAAUAAUAGUUUUUCAUUAAUAAAUCUAGAAUAUGAAUCCCGUGAAUUCCAAGUCUGUUCAGACAGUCAAAGCAUAUCUACAUUAGAGGCACAGCAAAUUAUAAGUCCAGAAAAUAAAACUGAAAUCGGCUAUACUGAAAAUGUACUAGAAACUAUGAAAAACUAUGAACUUGUUUCUGUGGUCAAUAAAAGUGAAUCCAUAUCAAAUUUACCUACAGAAACCAGAGAAUUAGACGUUACAUUUGAUAAUAAAUUAGACACGGAAAGCGAAAAUUUUAAAAUUACUGAAACAAUUUUAAAAGAAAAUAAAAAUGAACAAAAUUCUAUGGAUGCAAGUGACGAUCCACAAGAUUUUGUCAAUAAAGUGACAGAAAUACAAAGUGUUGUUGAUACUUGCCUCCCUCAAAAGGAAAGCGAUGUAAAGGCAAGCCAUAGUGAUGCUAACAAACUAUUGCAAGAAAGUUUGGCCGAAGAAACUCCAAUGGAACUGGUAAAAGAAAAUGAAGCAGAAAAUAGUAACAUUGAGCAGGAAAAAAUAGUGGAUGAAGGAGACGGCGAUUCCAAUACAAAAAUAAUUAAAACCAAAAACAAUGAAAUGACGAAUCCAGGCAAUGAAGUAGAAAAAAUCGUCAGCAGUGUUAGUGAAGUAACUGCUAAAUCAGAUGUUGCAGUUCCUGAAAUUAUAAAUACUUUGGAAAUGGAUCAGACAAAACUAAACUCUUAUGGAGAUUUUAAAGUAUCUCACGAAAAAGAAGUUUUUGAAGUUUCAUUAACGAGCAGUUCUGCAAUAACUGAUGUGUCACACAAGGAAAAACUAAAAGUUGAUUCUAUACGUUUUGAAGAUUCCGAAAAUUCAGAUAAGAAACAGGAUAUAGUGAGUUUGGAGGGUACAAAUAUCACUGCAGAUGCACAUGAUAAGGAGACUGUUCAAGAAGCAAUAAAUGUUGAUGUACACAAGCAAGAACUACGCGAUACUGUGGUUGAAAAUAUUAACAUUUUAGAAAAAACUGCUGUAAUAGUAACCAAUGAAACUUCUCAAAAUGAAAAUACUGAUGUUGUUAUUGGAGAUUUAAAAAUUAUUGAAUCUAUAAUAGAUAACGUAGGAUCAGAAAAUAAUUCUAAAAUAAGUGAUGAUGACCAAGUUGUUAUUUCCUCUACAGUAUCUUCUGAUGAUAAAAAUGAAAUAGAAGAUACAAAUGUGAAAGUACCUGUUGAUGAAAAACUGUUCAGUAGAGAAACUGAUGAUAAAGUAGAUAAAGAAUGUAUUAUUAUGCAGGAAACUGAAAACAUCAAAGAAACAGGGGACAAUUUGGUUGAAAGUUUACCAAACUCGAGUAUCAUUCUCAACAUUGCCAAAACUACCAAAACAGAUAAUUUGGUAAUCCAUGCCAACGAGUUAACAACAGUUAAAGAACUUGUACAAAAUAUUCCAUCUACUAUUUCGCAUGAAACACAGGAAGAAGAUCGAAAUCUAACAUUAGUGUUAGAUGAGCAUGAGAUAUCAAAGAAUACCGAUUUGGUAGAGUACGAAGGAAAUCCAGAAGAAUCUAAAAUUGAAAAAAAAGAUAAAAUUGAAACUACUAAAACAGGACAAAUAUUUAAAGAAAAUGUAGACCAUGAAAUACCUGACGAGACUGAAGAUCCGGUAGAAAUCAAUUUAUCUCUUGAUCCAGAUGGGGAUAGUUCACCAAUUUCUCAUGAUGUGACUGAAGAACACAUGGUAACUGACCCUCUGGAAAAAUUAGUUGAAAUGGAAAAUAUUAUUGAUAGCAAGUCUCUAGAAGAAUCUGGUGCCCAUCAAAAGAUUGAUGAAACUUGUAACAAUGAGCAAGUUUUAGAGUCACAAGAACCUACACCAUGUGCUGUACAUGAAGUAGGAAAAAAUUCAGGUUCUGUCUUGGAUGUAACACUAGAUACUGAAAAAAAUAGUAACAAAGAAACAGCUCACUUUGCUCAUUCAGAUACCUCAAAUUUACCAGACAUAGAUUUUCAAUCCUUAGAUGAAAAAUCUCAAGACUCAUUGUCAAUUCUUAAUGCUUUACAAUCUGAAUCAAUAUCAAUUGAUCAAGAAAAAGAAAAUAACAAAUUUGAGUCUACAGGAAAAGAGGAUGAAAUAUCACUGAUAUUUGAUGAAUCAAGUCAAUCGCCCAGACACACAGAUAAAUUUGUCAAUGAUUUGUAUAAAAGUUGUGUUCCAGAUGACACAAUUAAUAGCAAUCAUACUCCAGUAGACAAUAUUGAAGAGUUCAAUGAAUCAUCAUCUAUGAAUGAACAACCGGAUGAUAUAAGUAGAGAGAUGAAGGAAGAUACAAAUGUGGCUUUAAGUUUAGACAAUGGUGCACAAUCAGAAGAUAUGAAAGCACCAGAAACUCAUUUAAAAGCUUUCCUUAAUAUUGAAGAUGCUAAUAUCGAAGAUUCAGCUGAGAUAUCAGAGCUUGAAUCUGCUGUCAAGUUCUUACAAGAAUCUGAAGAGCAGGAUAUUCAGAAUUCAAGAAUUGUACAAGAUAGUAGCAUUAACGAACGUAAUACUAGUAUAUUUGUUGCUGUGGAUGACAGUAUAUGCGAUAAUGCUUCUGAACAUAUAUCAGACUUGCCGGAAACAACGUUAGAUCCAAUAGCAAUAUCUGAAGCUGAAAUAAUUUCCGAGGCAGCCAAAUUAGAGAGUGAACGCAAAGAAAAGCUUCAACUGGACCAUCAGUUUGAAAGUGCAGAGCAAACAUCAAUUGAUUUGGGUAGUACAGAUAUAACAGAAUCUGGCGCUUUACCUUCCACUGAUAAUUUGUUAGCUACUAUGAAGCCUACUAAAUCAUUUGACAUUUUAUCAGAAGUUCCAGGCGUGGAUACUUUGAAGGUUCCGCUGCUAAGACAAAGAAAGUUAACUCCAGGUGUCUUGCCUGAAGCAUCACUUCUUGAUGAGCGUUACAAGGAACCACCAAAAAUUGAGAUUCCGGAGAUUUCACCACCUCUUCCAAGCACACCCAGAGCAAGCUUACUUAUCCAAAAAGAUGCAAAACAGCGAUUGGAAUCUCCAGAUAGACUCUCAGUAUACAGUGAGCCCAAGAUAACUGAUACCCCCAAGAAAGACAGUGAAAAACAGCAGCAACAAUACCCAGAAUCUGAAAACAUUGGCUCACCAAGAAUAAUACUAAAAAUUGCGAAGUCAGCGAUAGCCGAGUGUUCAGAACCACGUUCACCCAAGAGUCCGAAAAUCCGUUCCGCAGCAAAUUCACCCAACCCAGAUGACAGUCCUGGCCAAAAACUCGGUAAAAUUAAACUCAAACUUUCUAAAGGAGGACACCCGUCAAUAAUACCAAAUAACGAUGAGGAAACAGCGCAGUGGCAUACGGAUUCACCAAGUUCGGCUUCGCCUCUGGGUAUGAAAAUCAAGCUCAGCAAAUCUGGUGAUGCCUCGGUAGUGGAAAGUUCCAAAGGCCACGAUGAGAUGCAAAAGCAUGAGGAAGGAUAUAGACCGGAAAUGCCGAUCGGUAUGAAGAUCAAACUGUCAAAGAGCGGCGAUGCUUCCAUUGUGCAGCACGAUAGCAGUCCAAAGGAAAGUAUAGAAGGCAAGUUGAGGCAUAAGGAUGCCAAAGAAGGUGCUCAGGAAGCUCCGAGUACGAAGAAGCAGGACUCGCCGUCAAUCGGCAUGAAAAUCAAGUUAUCAAAGUCUGGUGACGCAUCGAUAAUUCAGCAAGACGUUGAGGAAAUGCAAGAUAGCGGAAGACGCACCGACUCUCCGAUUGGUAUGAAAAUUAAAUUAUCAAAGUCUGGAGAUGCCUCAGUUGUGUCUAACGAGUAUCUGGAAGACGUACCAGACAGAACGGAGGAACCAUUUAAACGCACAGAUUCACCUAUGGGCGUGAGGAUCAAGCUUGCCAAAUCCAAAAGCGGCAAUGCCUCUAUUAUAAGCAGCGAAACUAUUGAAGAAUCCGAAAAUGCAAAGAAGAUUAGGGAGAUUGAAGCAUUAGGCGAGGAAAGCGCGAAAGUCGGUAUUGGUAUGAAAAUUAAACUCUCAAAGUCGGGUGACGCUUCCGUCAUUCGAGAUGACUCUUCAAUUGAACCAGCGAGAAAAUCAGGAGAGCUACCCAUCGGUAUGAAGAUCAAACUCUCGAAAACCGGCGAACCUUCAAUUAUUCAUACGGACAUCUCGAAAAAGAUCCAUUCGGAUGGGUCGAUCGAAUCAGCGAAGAAUCAAUCUACUCAUGCUGAUACCGCGAUGAUGGACUUGCACAACAAGCGGAAGGAAAUUACGAUUUCACCGGUCGAAAGCAAAAAGACCAAAAUGGAUGCUAACAUCAAGCAAAUCUUACCGGACAUCACUAUCCAGCCUAUCGCGUCUCCUGUUAAAAAGGAUCAGCAGAAGUUAAUGCUUGAUCCAAAUGCUAGCAACAUCAGUCGACAACAGAUGAACGUUAUCAAUCAAGAAAUCAGUAUUACUCAGAUCUGCUCGCUAUCAACAGGUGAUAAAUUGAUGGGUGAUCGUCUUAAACAUACUCUAAACGCUGGAUCGGACCCAUCUUCUUCUUCGCCCUUGAAUUCUGACUGCGAGAUAAUAGAGCCUCAACCUGAACUGAUAAUCGUCAACGAGAACUCUAAUUCCAGUCAGGACAUCAUGAUAAUUGAUGAAGUUCCUUCUAUCAAAUCUUUGGUGAAGGUCCCAAAAAAACGGGGCCGUCCUCGCAGAAACGCUGCCGCUGCAUCUGCUGUCAACAUCAAUAUGUCUGGCUUCCAGGAACAGUUUGAGCUGCAACGCGAUCCGUUGAGUCUUGAUCAGCCACCCAUGCCUAUGUUCCAGCAACAAAUUCAUGAUCGGAUGAAUCUUCAUCAACUUCAGCAGCAGUUGCCUGGUGCUGGUGAGAGUAGCGAGAGGCCCAGAAGAACUUGCAGAAGUCAGAAGAGCUAUGCACCACCAAAAAGAGGCAGGGGCAGAGGUCGUGGAAAGAGAAAAAAUGAUACUAUCGACAUACCAAUGAAAAAACAGCGAAUAGAACAGGAUCUAACUGCAAUUGAAAACGCAACAACAGCUGUCAUUUCCCUAGAAAAAUUGCCCAUUGAAACCUCUCCGGAAUUAUUCAAAGCUCUAAACCAGCCUACACUCGAAAGAAUUAUAGGUGUAUCGAAGCCUACCGAGCGAAAUAAAAAAGUUGAAUUUGUGCAAAUUCCUGACAACACACUAACGAUUUCUGAAAUGCCCCCUCAUCAGAAGAAAGUCCAAGUUGAGAUACAUCGAGAUCUUCCUAAAAAUGUUGCAGAAAAACUUAAAUUAUCUGAAGUUCCAGCGUCAGCGUCACAUUUGUCUACCAACGCAUCUUUACCAUCAAUCAGUGAUAAAGAGGUAACAGAAGUCGAAGGGACGGAUCAACUAAUCGAAAAAUCGGAUACAAUCAUCAUUAAAAUAACCGAAGAAGAAGACAAACAGCAGAAUGAGAUAGUCGUACUCAAUGAGCACAACGAAAUGAUACCCAAUAGAAACGAUUUAUCCGGACAGCAACAUCAAAACUGGCUUGCACCUGCUAUUAGGAAGGUUUCAAUCGAAUCUACGGCUGCGAGGACUGAAUCUACUAUGUCUACAUUGACUGUUAUAGACGAAGAGACCAGAAUGAGCGCAGAGUCCUGUUCCAGAUCACAAACACCAGCUAGAAAUAUCUCGGUUCCAGGUGCGUCAGAGGCAGGGCUGCUAAAUGAGGAGUCACAAGGUAGUACAGCAACGACAGAGUCGGAGAAGGUUAAGGUAAAGAUCCGGCGCAUGGAGAUCAAUCUCGACCCAGAUGAAGGACCGUUCACUGUCGAAAAGAUCGCCGAGUAUGAAUGGCCACCCAAGGAUGAUGAAGCCAGAUCAGCCGCUACGCGCGCCGAGACCUUCAUGAUUCAGGAACAAAUAUCCCAAUAUUUGGGAGUCAAAAGCUUCAAAAGGAAAUAUCCGGACCUUAAAAGACGGAUGGUGGAUAUGGAGGAGCGCAAUUUCCUUAGAGAAAACGGACUUGUCAGUGAAUCUAUGUGCGAUAUGGGCCUCACAGCAGUUUCAAGCUCCGAAGUACUUGACAUAAUGUGCAGCGACUUCCCAGAACAGUAUGAGGAAUAUCGCAAACACAUGCGCGAAAAAGCUGCAAAAGAACACUCGAAAAAACAAAAGGAACUGUCAGCUGCUGCCAACGCUGAACGCAACAGAAUAGAUCUGGCGGAGAUGGCUAUGCAAUCGGCUUUAAAUUGGAAUUUGGGACUAAACAAGGCACGUCGCGAGAACCGAAGGUGCAGUCUUGACUUACAGACCUUUACCGUACAUAUGCCGAAACGAGCCAUUAAGUUUGACCCAUCUAAGAGAGGCAGCCACUACCCCGUCGCACUCAUACCCGGACAGUAUACUGACUAUUACAGGGAGUAUACGCCAGCUGAGCUUAGGUAUUAUCCAUUGAACACGGUUCUAUAUGGACCGAUGCGUCCGAACGAGAGAAAGUUUGAUAGCCAAUCCGAAGGUUCACAAAGUGAUAGCGAUAGCGACUCCUCGUCUGACGAUUCCAGCUCAUCUUCGAGCGAAGGUACCCAAGAUACGGAGGGCUCACAAUCGACGAUGGACGAAGUCGACAUGGAACUCGCUAUCCAGUCAGAUAUCAAAUGUAAGAUGUGUCUGAACCAUCUGAACAAAAGCAACCGACCUGAGGUUCUUAUUCAAUGCGGUACCUGCAAUGGUAACGUUCAUCCCUCCUGCAUAGACUUAACGUUAGACAUGGUGCCUCACAUUCGUGCGUAUGCCUGGCAGUGCACCGACUGUAAAACGUGUGCACAGUGUCAUGAUCCCGCUGAUGAGGAUAAGAUGCUCUUCUGUGAUAUGUGUGAUAGAGGAUACCAUAUUUACUGCGUGGGACUGAGAAGGGUACCGCAGGGUAGGUGGCAUUGCCAGGAGUGCGCAGUUUGCGCAAACUGUGGAUCCAAAGAACCUGGUGGUGCAAACUCUGAUAGGAACAGUGUCGCUCAAUGGCAACACGAGUACAAGAAAGCCGAUAAAAAUACCCGAGUAUACGUUUCGACAUUCUGCGUACCCUGUUCAAAGCUGUGGCGAAAAGGUCGCUAUUGCCCGCACUGCAGUCGCUGUCAUAACGCCCCACGACUUGACCUGGAACCAAAUCUAGUGCAUUGCGGAGCAUGUGACAAAUACCUGCACUUGGGUUGCGUGGAAACCAAGGAGCUGAUAAUUGAUAAGAAAAAUUAUUUGUGCGAGUUUUGUUCUCCAAACAGACAACCCUUGGCGAAACCACUGAUAUCUAAGACAUUCAAAACGUAGUUGAAUUCGACAUUUAAAGUGUAAAAUACAAAAUAAAGGCAAGGACUACGCCAGAACUAAACUGGUUCUUAAGCUAAGGACAAGUAUCAGUUGGCAGAGACAAAAGUGUGAUGGAUAUUGUGUAGUGGAAUAUUGUGAAAAACAUUUUUUUAAACUUCAUGGGUGUACCUGUGGUGUGCUUUUCGCCAACAGACCUUGUAAAAUCUUUGUUAGAUUAUAGUUGCAUGAGGUUGUAAUUUGCAUUAUAAAUAGCCUCACAUGUAGGAGCAAAAAAUGUUAAAUAUAAGGCUUAAACGAUUGAUGUUGAAAGAUCACCGCUAUGUGAUCCAUCCAUUAUUCAGUUUUUAAUUAAGCAGGCGAACAAUUGUAAAUUUUAGGCGUUUUUUAUUGAGGAACUUUGAGACGUUUCAAUAAAUACAAGUAACAAUGAAAAA